AUGCUGUCCAGGCUCGUCAUCGUUUCAGCUAAUGCGCUGAAAGGCAGCGGCCACUUUGGAGCUGGCUUGGUCCAAGCAUCUCGCUCUGUGCACACGUCAUCCCAGAGUCUGGCCCCCGUACCCCCUUUGCCAGAGAAGGGUGGCAAAGUCCGCCAUGGCCUCAUUCCAGAGGAGCUCUUCCAGCUCUUGUACCCCAAAACUGGAGUGACGGGACCCUACAUGCUGGGCACGGGCCUCCUCGUCUACUUGCUGUCCAAGGAAAUCUACGUUAUCAACCACGAGACCAUUGCCGCCGCCUGCAUCGGCACCGUCAUCAUCUACAGCGUGAAGAAAUUCGGGCCGAGCGUCGCCGCUUUUGCAGAUAAACUAAAUGAGGACAAACUGGCUAAAGCUCAGGAAGUGAAGGACUUGUCUAUGUCCAGCCUGACUCAGGCCAUCGAGGACGAGAAGAAGGAACAGUGGCGAGUUGAGGGACGAUCAAUGCUCUUUGACGCAAAAAGGAACAAUGUAGCCAUGCUGUUGGAGACCAAUUACAGAGAGCGGCUACACAUGGUGACCAAUGAGGUAAAGAGGCGCCUGGACUAUCAGGUAGCCCUGCAGGACCUACAGCGCCGCAUGGCUCAGGAACACAUGGUCAACUGGGUGGAAAAGAACGUCGUGAGCAGCAUCACCCCUCAGCAGGAGAAGGAGAGUAUCGCCAAGUGCAUCACAGAUUUGAAGGCUCUGGCCAAAGCCACUCAGGCCAAAGCUACAGCCUAA